AUGAAGCCGCAAUUGUUCACACAGGCCAGAAUCAUCGACCCGUCGCGUGGAAUGGAUGAGAUUGGUGGUUUGCUGAUUGCCGAUGGCAAGUUUUUGGCCUGUGGACGAUCGGCGCUCAAUCAGGGCGCGCCAGACAGUGCCGAAGUCAUCGAUUGCCGCGGCAAGGCGAUUUUCCCCGGCCUGGUCGACACACGCGUUUUCAUCGGUGAACCCGGAUCGGAAUAUCGCGAAACGAUCGCCUCGGCUUCGGAAGCCGCGGCCGCCGGUGGUGUCACCUCAAUAGUCAUGAUGCCUGAUACCGAUCCGAUCAUUGACGAUGUGGCGCUGGUCGAAUUUGUGCGGCGUACCGCCCGCGAUACGGCAAAGGUCCGGGUGUUUCCUGCAGCGGCGAUCACCAAAGGCAUGGCGGGUACGGACCUUACCGAAAUGGCCCUUCUGAAGGCUGCCGGAGCUGUCGCUUUUACAGAAGGCCGCAACACGAUUGCCUCGGCACAGACGAUGCGCCGCGCCCUCACUUAUGCACGCGACUUUGACGGGCUGCUGGUGUGCGAAACCAAUGAUCCGACGCUCGGCGCCAGCGGCGUCAUGAACGAAGGCUUGUCUGCCUCUUGGCUCGGCCUUUCGGGUUCACCGCGCGAAGCCGAAGUGAUCCCGCUCGACCGGGACCUGCGCCUCGCG